AUGGACGCCUCUAUGCUAGGGCCACGAGGGCCGUCUUCAGCAGCCGAGUUUCGACAUCGAGUUAGCAGCGUCUCGUCCGGGUCGCAGCCCUCCAUCGACGACCCAAAAUCGUUGACGCCAAGUUCGGACCCGAGCUACUCGACGAUACCGACCGUCAGAGUCCCGGAAAUCUCAACCCCAACCUCCGCCUCCAAGGACAAGAGCAAAUUAUCUCACCACAAUCGACGGCUUCUAAAGCGUCAACCUUCUCGACCGACCUCGCCAUUAGUCGCACCCCAGCCCUCUGUCGAUUCCUUCCCGUACCCCAUCCCAACCGACGAUGCGAACCGCCUAAUAUCGCUAAUGAAGGCUCUGGGCGGGCGAAUGCGUGGCGAACUAGAAUACCAGGGUGAGUACCAGGGAACAUGGCACACCGGAAUGGCGUACAUCGACGAGGAGAAGGGCACUCUCAUGUUCGGGCUGGGCCAUACCGGCCAGAGCGCUUCCUUCCACAUCCCUCUGGUUUCCGACCUGCGAGGCUGCAAAGUUCACGUCACAGGCUACCCCGAUGCCGAGAGGGAAUGCCUAGAGAUUGUCCCCAACCAACUGGGCCUGGAGCUUCUGCUUAGGCCCAUUAUAUCGGAGGAGCUGGAGCUGUGGCUCGCGGCGCUCUUGUGCUGGCAGCAGCUCGCGCCUCUCAACCUCAAAGUACCCAACGGAAAACCUAACAGCCCUUCUGGGCCCAUUCGCCCGGAGAUGAGGCGGCGGGCCAAGUCGAGCGAUGCGGCGAGAGCCACAAACAUCAUCAAGGUCGGCAAGUUCAUGCUCUGGGACAAGGGCCCUCCAAGGUCAGCACGUGCCGUCGUCCAGCGAUCGUCAACGAGGGAUCUCAUGCACCCCUCCAUGUUUUGGAGAAGGAUUUCAUGCGUUUUACAGGAUAAUGGAGAGUUUAGGCUCCUGAUGGAGAACGACGUCUCAGUCUUGUCUAGCAUCGAACUGUCGCAGCUUUCCCGGUGCGCCAUCCAGGGCCUCGACCGCAGCGUCCUGGAGGAAGAAUAUUGCAUUGCUAUUUUCCCCAUCUAUGCCUCCACGGCCACCCACGUUUCCAUUUUCCGACCCGUCUAUCUGGCCGUCGACAGCCGCAUCGACUUCGAGGUUUGGUUCGCCCUGCUUCGGACAUUUGCCGUUCCCGACAUCUUCUGCCUGGACGACCCUCAGACGGAUGAGAUUCAGGAUGUUGCCGAUAUCGAGAAAGAUCAACCGGGAGAGGUUUUCCGCAUGGAGAAAAUCAUCAGAGUAAGAGUGAUAGAGGCCAAGAUCAAGGCCACUCCAAGCGUUGAAUGGUUUUCGCCUGAGAAGUGCGGCAGAGUUGGCCCGGAUCCUUUAGUCGGAAGCUAUCUGGCAGAAGUCAUCUUAGAUGGCGAAGUCAGAGCCAGAACGACUACCAAGAUGGACACAAAGAAUCCCUUUUGGAGAGAGGAUUGCGAGUUUAACGACUUACCGCCGAUAAUUCAAGACCUCUCCAUUGUGCUAAAGCGAGUGGACUGUGGGCCUGACGGGUACUCAAAGUCGGCAAGCUCACCAGAGAUUAUUUGCGGGAGCGUAAGAAUCCCCUUGAACGACUUGGAGAGAGGCCAGGGACAGGAACAGUGGCAGCCCAUCUUGGAUGAAAAACAGCAGAAUAUUGGGUCGAUGCUAAUCAAGGUGUUUCACGACGAGCAUGUUGCCCUUCUGUCGAAAGAAUACGAGCCACUAUCCGAGAUUCUGCACCGAUUCCCUACGGGCCUGACCACACUCAUCUCUGCAUCUCUGCCCGGCCAGCUUCGGACACUAUCGGAGCUGUUUCUCAACAUCUUCCAGGCCUCUGGUUCUGCAAGCGAGUGGCUAAUGGCUCUGGUUGAGGAUGAGAUUGAUGGAAUAGGAAGCCAGACCUCAAUCAAGAAGUACCGGUUUAGCAAUAGACUCAAAUCGAGUGAAUCGAUGGAAUCCUCCAACGAGCGAGAGCUGAUGGUCCGCGACAUCCACAGGACACUGGCCGGAGAGGCCAACCUACUCUUCAGAGGUAACUCGUUGCUAACACAGUCUCUCGAGUUCCACAUGCGACGCUUGGGCAAAGAAUACCUGGAAGAAAUAUUACAGGACAAGAUAUACGAGAUUAACGAAUUGAAUCCGGAUUGCGAGGUUGAUCCGAGCAAGCUGGCACACACCGGAGGAGACCUGGAUCAACACUGGGGCCGUCUUAUCCACCUCACGACGGAAAUCUGGUUGUGCAUCGCAGAUUCGGCCGAAAGGAUACCAGCAGAAUUGAGGCACGUUCUCAAGUACAUCCGCGCCGUAGCCGACGACCGCUAUGGCGACUUCCUCCGCACCGUCAGCUACACAUCCAUCUCGGGAUUCCUUUUCUUGCGAUUCAUAUGCCCUGCUAUCCUCUCACCCAAGCUGUUUGGGUUACUUCGAGAUCAUCCUAGACCACAAGCACAACGUACCUUGACGCUCAUUGCCAAGGCUCUACAGAAACUUUCCAACCUUUCAACGUUUGGAAAGCGAGAAGAAUAUAUGGAACCGAUGAACCGCUUCCUAACUCAACAACGGCAGACUUUCCGAGGCUUCAUCGACCACGUUUGUGGCAUCCCAGCCGAUCGAGGCGGCCGCACCCUACCCCCCAGCUACAUCACACCUGUCACCAUCCUGAACCGCUUGGGGCCUACAGCACGCGAAGGAUUCCCCAGUCUACCAUACUUGAUCGACCAGGCCCGGGGCUUCGCGAGUCUUGUCAAGUUAUGGGUGGAUUCGCGUCCCAUUGACGUCAAGCAGUCCCAGGUAGACGGAGAGUUGUUGAUAUUUAACGACUUGUGCUUUGGUUUGCAAAAGCGCGCCGACGCUUGCCUAGCCAAAGUGGUGGAUUUCCGGAACAGAGAGGUCCCUUCGUUCAUGUCUGCCGACCAACUUGCCGAAAUCCUGGAACAGGUCAAUUUUACCGGACCGUAUCACCCAUAUUACGUAGGAAACCCAUCCUCUAUGCCUAGCAGCUACGAGCGGCCCCCCGGUAGCUCCAGCAGCGAUGGGGGCGGGGAUUCGAAAGAAAAAAGACGCAGUAAAGAAUGGAAGCGCGGAAGAGACGAAGCGGACUCGAAGAAGGGGAACAGUCCCCGAAACACAAGCGGCUCGGCCACCGGGAGUGUGAAGCAGAAGAAUGGAAAAGUUGGCAGGAGUCUUUUAAGCGGCAUCAUGAAGAUUGGUGGCUCAAGAGCCGAGAGUCCAGAAACCAAAGGGUCAAGAUGA